CGUAGGCGAGGCGGGGUGACGCACAGGCAACUACGUAGCUCUAUCAUUCGUUGUGGUGUUUUGUGGAACGAGCUAGGAGAAUCAACAUCGGAUGACUGCUGUCUUCUCAGAGUAGAUAACUUUGACAAGUGAAGACAAACAAUACGACCCCUAAUGACCAAGACGUACUAGAGGAUUGCUCAAAUGGCUAGCUGUGGCGAGGUUGACCACUCGGCGAGCCUGCUGGCCAGCAGAAAGGGGGGCAGCGACUCGCUGCCAGGUUCGGGCGGCUCCUCUCCCUCGCUGCCCGUGCCGGAGUGUGCCAUCUGCCUGCAGAGCUGCGUGCACCCGGUGCGCCUGCCCUGCCGCCACAUCUUCUGCUUCCUGUGUGUGAAGGGCGCCUCGUGGCAGAGCAAGCGCUGCGCCCUGUGCCGGCAGGAAGUGCCCGAGGACUUCCUGGAACGGCCCACCCUGCUCUCUCCCGAGGAGCUGAAGGCCUCGGCGGCGGGCGCAGGCAAGGGGCCUGGCGAGCACGCCUGGUACUACGAGGGCCGCAACGGCUGGUGGCAGUACGACGAGCGCACCAGCCGCGAGCUGGAGGACGCCUUCGGCAAGGGCAAGAAGACGGCCGAGAUGCUGAUCGCCGGCUUCCUGUACGUGGCCGACCUGGAGAACAUGGUGCAGUACCGCCGCAACGAGCACGGGCGCCGCCGCAAGAUGAAGCGCGACGUGGUCGACAUCCCCAAGAAGGGCGUGGCGGGUCUGCGGCUGGACGCGGACGCUGUGGCGGCACAGCAGGCUGCGGCGGCUGCCGGCGGUGCCAGCGCCAGUGGAGGGCGCGAGAGCUCUGCCGACGGGGCCGACACCUCCGGGGUGCCGGGGACCAGCGCUGCUGCGGGGGCUGGUGCUUCGGGGGGCGCAGCCGCCGGUGUCCUGAUGCCCCCGGGCAGACCACCUACCUCCCUGGGCGGGCAGCCCACCAGCCCCUCGGGCCACUCCUCCUCCACCUCCUCCUCCUCAGACGACGGGCUCUCCCUGGAGAGGGCCUUCCUGCACCUCCGCAUCGGCCGCAGCUCCGAGCCCGAGAGAGGAGGCGUCCUAGAAGGAGAGGAGGAGGAGGAAGAGGAGGAUGAAGACGAGACCUCGCCCUCCCACGUCUCCUUCUCCCAUGAUGCUUCGGUGGGCGAGUCCGUACCCGAGAGCAGCACUGAGGAUGAUGAGGAGGAAGAGGACGAGGAGCACAGGUCUCCUGUGGAUGCUGAAGACGAGGCGGAGGAGGAGGAGGAAGAGGGGGCUGCCGCUCCUGCUGCUGUGGCGCCUUGCCCGAGGCAGAGACUUCACCGACCCAGACCCAACCCUGACGAGCGCUUUCCCCCUGGUGGUGCAUCGUCAGCCGGCGGUGGUAGCAGUGGUAGCAGUCUGGGAGCACGGAGGCCAGAUGGCCAGUGUACAGUGACUGAAGUGUAAGACUCUAAUCUAAUCUAAGGAGAGCAGGAGAGAGGAGGAGGAGGAGGGGGUUGGGGUAAGGGGACUAAAGACCUUCACUGGAACUGAGCUUCUCAGUCUGAUCUGCCUGCCCUUGCACUCACAGCAGCUACAGCAGCAGCAGCAGCAUUCGCAGCCACAACCACCUCCAUCUCCAUCAUCAUCAUCAUCAUCAUCAUUCUCUUCAUCCUCCUCCUGCCAACCGAAGGGCCUUCUGUUCUGGGUGUUACUGGAUGAUUGACCCCCCCCCCCCAACACCACCAAACCCCUUCCCUCCCCUCCUUCCUGUCAUUUCUCUCAUCCAGAUUUUCUUGUAUGUGUUUUCAUGUGUAGAUUCAGUUGUUUCCAGAGGUUCAGUGCUGUGUGAAAGUAUUUGCCCGCUUACUGAUUUUGUUUUUAACUUUUUUUGCACAUUGUCCUACAUUUUUAACAUUAAACAAUGAUUAUGGAAGUAAACACAAAAUGCAGUAUUUCAGUGAUUAUAUUAUCAUUUGUUAAGAGAAAAAUGGCAUCCAAACCUGCAUGAGCCUGUGUGAAAAAGUAAUUCCGCCCUUGUUAAAUGACUAGGUAUCUGUGAUUAAUCAUAUUAUUUUGGACAACAGAGUUAUAUUUAACAGCUGGCUACUACCAUACCUUUCAAAUCAAGAGAUAAUUUGAAUAGAACCUGUUUGACGAUGUGUAGCAGGCCAUAGCGAACCCAUGACAUCUCACUGCGAUCCAUCAACAUUCAGGGGCAGAUUAUCAUUUCUAUAAAUGACAUGUCUCAGACUGUAAAAGGUUAUAAAGCCAUUUCUAAAUCAUUGAGACGUCUGCAAACCAUGCUGAGAGCCAUUAUCUACAAAUGCAGAAAGAAUGGUGAAAUGGUAAACAUUUCUAAGAGUGGCUGUCACUAAAAUUACCCCAAGAAGACAGUGACGGUGGAUCCAAGAGUUCAGAAAGGAAUACAGAAAAACAUCUUACCAAUUGGAGGUUUUAAUUACCUCGGAAAAUUGAAAUGUGCAUUACUCAACCAAAGCCACCUCUGUCGAGGAGAACAUCUUGUCUAAAAAAAAAAACAUUGACAAUGCAUAAAAAUCUUCUGAGAAAAUAUUCUGUGGACAGAUUGAACAAAAGUUGAACUUUUGAAAGGAGAGCUUUCUGUAACUUCUGGUGUGAAAUCAAGACUGCAUUUGAUAAAAAAAAUGUUAUGUCAAGUGAAACAUGGUGGUGGGAGAUUCAUGGUUUGCCAGUUCUUGUAAACACUUGACUAAAAUUGUUGCUGCUGGGGGUGGUACAAGUUAUAAGGUAGAGGGGGUAAUUACUUUUUCACAUGAGGUCAUGUAGGUUCAGACAUCAUUUUUUCCCCCAUAAUUUAAAUCGGCAAUUAUAACAUUUUUGUGUUGACUUGGGAGUUCUCUAUCUACAGAACCAAUUCCAUUGUUUUAUCUGAAAUGAUUUAGAGUGACAAAGAUGCAAUGAAAGCUAAGAAAUAAGUAAGGGGGCAAAUACUUCUGCACAGCACUGUAAAAUACCAUGAAUGUGAAUGAUGACUCAAAAAUGUUGGUCAUGGAUUUAUUUUUCUUUGUUUCUUUUUUAAAAUAAUUUGCAUUGCUCAUCAUGCCUAACACCUAAUGCCCCUGACAACAGAAGGAGAAAGGUCGUUUGGAAUCGUAUACAAAUACAAGGCCUUAUGAGACUGACGCGGGUACCGUACCUCCUAACAAUUAUUUGUUGUUUUGACUGUGUGAUCUGUAAAGUGUUAUACAGGUUUUCAGCUUCCGCAGAGUUUUUGAGGGAUCUGAAGUUAACACACAUAUUGAACCUUUGGGCUUACAGUCCUGACUUUCCACCGGUGUUUCAAUCAUAACCAACCAUAGCAUGGUCUUGGAGUGGUGUGUGUUCACAUUUCAUCAUCCACCUGCUAGUCCAGCUCAUAACUUGUGCAUGUUAUAAGAGAGGGCUUCUAAAACACUACUGGCAGGAUGACAUGAAAUGUUUAUCCUUUUUUUAUUUUUUUCACCCAGUUGGUCGAUUGGUUGGUCUCUUGCCCUUUUUGUUGUGAGGUUCUGUUGUGUGCGUGUUUAUUUUUUGCGUGUGUGUGUGAAAAUGGAUGAUUUGAUGGUGUAGCGACUCGAGGGCAGUGAUAUCCGUUAUGCAGUGAUUAUGUUCUUAAUUCUCUUUUUUUUUCAUACAAGUCACCACUUCUCAAUUUUGUGACACUUUGUUUUAGUUUUCAAUUUUACUUUUUAAAAAACUAAGCAGUUUUCUUUUCUUUCUUUUUUUUUUUUGCUUUGAUGUAUUUUGUUACAAGAUUUGUAAUUUAAUAAUAAAGUCUGUGUCAACUUAUCAUCCCAUA